CUUUCUUUCUCUGUCUUCACUUUAACUCUCUCGGUUCUUCUCCUUCAUCUCUCGCUCUCUUCGACUCUUUGACUUUUCGUCACCGUUUCCGCCGCAAGAAAACCGUGACUCACCUUCGUCUUCCUCAACCGUGACGUGCGUGACCCACCUUCGUCUUUCUCAAUGGAAAUCGAACAACAACCAGUAACUCCUCCCGCCGCACAGCAACAGCAACAGCAACCGCAACAGCAAACACUAUCCGGAAGAUUCUUCAGAUGCCUCUUCACUUGUAUCUUCUACACGCAACUAACCCUAAUCUCGAUCUUUGUGAUCCUUCUCACGCUACGAGGUCUCGUCUGCACCAAAUCACCAAACUUCCAUCCCAAGAAAUGGUACACUCCUCUGUUAUCCUCUGUUGCUGUCUCCGGAGUCCUCUCUAUAGCCUGGAACUGCUUCUUCGUCUGCAACAUACGAGCCACAGUCAAAGCAACGUUCUGGUUCACACCGUUAUUCACAAUCUCCGUGGGGCUCUUCCUAAUUCUCCUCGACAAAUCCAAUCCCGUCGUUCUAUGGAUAGGUGCACUUCUUGUCUUCUAUAGCAUCGUCACCGCAGUGUAUGGUUCGCUUCACGUCACGAACAGGCAUGAAUUCACCUUCCAGACGAUGUCAACCGCCACAGGGAUAUUACCCGCAAGAACCAGAGCAAUAGCAGUUGUAUCAGUGAUCAUAAGCGUCUUUUACUCUGAUUUCUUGGUUGCUGGAAUCGGUGGAGCUACUGCUACAGGAACACGUCUUGAUAUUCUUUUCAUCUCCAUCAUCGUGAUAAACCUUGCCUGGACAAUGCAGGUUAUCAAAAACGUACAAGAAGUCGCGAUUUCGAAAGCCAUAUAUGUAUACUUUAGCCGUGAUGAUCUCAUGAAUGCAUGUGAUGCUCUUGGCGUCACUCUGAAAAAGCAGCUCGGGAGUGUUUGUAUUGGUUCAACACUUGUUCCACUUAUUGUACUCUUUAGGGGAACGAUUCGGUGUUGUAAUCGGGACAUUUAUGCAAGUACCCCAGGCUGCAACUGGAUUGCCAAUCAUAUCAUUUUGGGUGGAAAUAGAUAUGGAUUUGUUCACGUGGGAGCUCACAACAAAGGGUUAAGGCAAGCGUCUAGUGAUACCUGGAGGAGGUUUAGAACAAUCCCUGAAUUUGAGCAGUUGAUUGAUUUUGACAUCACCAGCUCCAUCUGUUUCUUUAGCGCCAUGGGAAUUGGUGCAAUCGCUGCAUUAACUGCAGGAGUAUGGGAGCUUCUGAUCGAUAAGGAUCACUACUUUGAGCUGACUAUCUAUGCUUUCAUCAUCGGAUACUUUGUGGGGAGAGUUUCUUCUGCGUGGCUACAAGCUUGUGUGAUGGGUUACUAUGUAGCUUAUUCUGAAGAUCCACAGAACGAUAGGUUUGAUGACACGAUUCCACAACGUAUCGAGCGACAAAAAAUCGAAAAGGCAAAAAGAGAAGUCGAGGAUAAUAGAGUGCAGGAAGAUGAUGACGUUCCAACACACGUGUAGAGAGCUCACAUACGGAUGGUAUCCACUUAGUUGAGAAAAAUACUUUCGUUUCUUUUCGUUUUUUCACAACACUGAGGCUUUUUCAAGCUUAUAGACUCUAUAGAUUGUAGAUCAUUUAGCUUUAUAUGCAAAAAAUGCAGCUAGAGAAGAAAAUGUACAUACAAAGUGAGAUGAGAAUGAUUCAGUUCUGAUUCCUUUCCCUGCUU